GAUUCACUUCACCCACAACCCUACAAUUUUUAUCCAUACGCACCCGCUGUUUAAAAAAGAGAAAUUUUAAACAAAAUACAACUUUGCAAAUAGCGGUUACCUGACUGAAUUAAUAGAGAGAGUAGUGCAAUUUUCUUAGUUAGUUAGGAAUUUGUUGGAAAUUGUGGAAACCUGGAAGAAUUCUCAUGGAUUUAAAAGGAAAAGUGGCACUAGUUACGGGAGGAGCGUCAGGGCACGGUCGUGAAUAUUGUAAAGAAUUGUUUAAACAUGGGUGUAAGGUAGCUAUUUGUGAUAUUAAUACUGAUGCCGGUGAAGAAUUACUGCAUCAGUUAUCCAAAAAUGGAAAAGAUAGAGUGAUAUUCGUUCCAUGUGAUGUUACCGAUUACCUUCAGUUUGAAGAGGCGUUCCAGGCAACAAUCUCUCAACUAGGAGGAGUAGAUAUUGUUAUUAAUAAUGCAUCGGUCAUGAAUGACAGACUGUGGGAGUUAGAAGUUGAUGUCAAUCUAAAUGGAGUCAUAAGAGGUCUUCUAUUGGCGUUUAGAUUUCUGGGCAAAGACAGAGGUGGACCAGGUGGAAUAGUAGUUAACGCAGGUUCCAGUUGUUCCCGCACCCCGUUAGUGUCACUUCCGGUAUAUACAGCUACAAAACAGGCAGUGGCUGCUUUGACACGCUGCUAUGGUGAUCCAUAUCACGUGAAAUUGACUGGGAUUAAAGUCGUUUCGCUUUGUCCUACUCCGACAGAGGCCGAGAUGUCGGGGGAUCCCAGGAAACGAAUAUUGAGCGGCGAGUAUGAGCAGGCUUGGCUACGGGAUACAGCCAGUAGCGCACCCGUAACAUAUGACAAACUUGGCAGAGCGUUACUAGAAGUCCUUCAAAAUGCAAAAAGCGGUACCAGCUGGUUGGUCAGCAAUGACUAUCCCAUAAAGGAGAUAUCGUUAUCUUAAACAAUCAACUUCGCUACACUUUCAUACAUAUUUAGCCAUUCCAAAUAGUUUUAAAACAGAUCAGUACUGUAUUUAAGGAAUAUCAAAAUAUCUAUAUUUAUCAAAAUUCUAAGAAUUUAAAAUCUGAAAUAUAUUAGUUAUAUUUUGUGUAGUAUUUAGUAAUAAAUGGUUUUAAAAACAUGUUGCUAUAAAUAUAACUUUCAAUACUUAAAUAGUUCAACUAGGAAGUGUUGAAAAUGAUACAGUACUAGCCUGUUUUAAAACUCGCGCAAUAACAAAGAAAACUGGGGAUCCAGCUAUAUUUUUACAUCAUACUGUAUAAACCCUGGAACUCUAUUAUACUGGCUCAAUACUGAGCUUAACCCGCAAAAAUACUGCAUAGACGCUUGUAUAUACGCACUGCAGCUAUUGCCUACUUCACACAGAUAGAAUUGCAUAUCGAUGAACUUACUGUGACUUUUUCAAGCAUUUUUAAUUUUUUAAAUUAUGAUUUAUUUAAACCACCACUUAAGAAGUUGGCUAGUAGUGGGAGUUGUACUACUUUAUAGACUUAUUAAUUGAAGACAUGAGUUGAUAAACGUGUCAUGUCGCAUGUUUUUAAAAAUCAGUUUUAUUCAAGUCUUUCAACAUUCCUUUGACAAAUCUAUCCUCCAAUAGACUCUAAAUAUAAAUACCAUAAAAAAUAUCCUAGGUGAUAAACCUAGAUAUCCUAACCAUCAAUAAUUUUUAGACGUGUUUUGUCGAUUUACUUCAUACCUUUAUCCACUCAUGUCUUCAAUUAUUUGCUACAUCUGAGUUAAAUAGCUUUCUUGAGAUUUUUGAACGAUGUACUUAAACAGCCGUUAAACGGUAGCCUACUAAAAUGCCGUUAAUAGAUAUUAUGACGUCGUUGAUGUCGGCGGAAAGUAAUGCCUAGCGAUAGGCAUUUUGCAAGAGCACCUAUGGCUCCGUGACUGAGGCUAUUGCUUCGUGAGCGAAAGGUCCGUGGUUCAAAUCUCACGCCGGACCAAGACUUUUUUAUAUUAUUUUUUGCUUAUAGCGUGAUCUUAUUGCAUUGGUUUCACUCUUUUUAAUUGGAUUGGUUUAGUUAU